AUGAGGGCAUCGGUGCUGGCGUUGUCGCUCCUCUCGCUUUUCUCCAUUCCCACCUUCGCCGCUCCCUCCAAUGAGGCUGUCGAAUCACGAAAUGUCCGUCUUGUGAAACGAGCCGAUCCGGAAGCAAAGGUCGACCCAGAGACCCUGUCGACGACCUUUAAUGGAAUUGAAGUGCCUCCCAUGAAGGCUUUAACGCCCGACAACUUCGAGGAGACAGUGAAGGAUGGCUACUGGUUUGUCAAGUUCUUCUCCCCUAAUUGCCCGCACUGCCAGGCAAUUGCGCCAGCCUGGCAAACACUAUAUGAGUAUUACUAUACAUCAGACCCGCUUUCCUCCUCGUCCGCCAAAUCGCCCGAUACAACCUCCCUGAACUCUUUCCACGGUUUCUACAACUUCCACUUCGCAUCGAUGAACUGUUUAAUGUAUGGCGAUACGUGCAAGAAGCUGAAUGUUGAAUACUACCCUCAAUUCUCCCUCUAUCACGGCGGGGAAUUUGUUGAGUCUUUUACCGGAAAGAAGACGAUAGAAGGACUCAGUGAAUUUGUUGAGACCAAACUGGAGUCCAUCAAGCCCGGUUCUCGUCCUGCAGAGGGCGUUCACCUCCCGAAACCGGGUGCCAGGAGCGUGGACACGAACGCCAAACCAGAGACGCCUGCUGCCAAAGAUAAAGAUCGUGAGGCUGGAGCCAAAGCCGGGGAAAAGCAAAACGAGCAGGCUGCCCAGCUGUCUGGUGACUCUUCCGAGAACUCUGCAGCCAAGGCCAAACCCAAGCCCAAGUCGGCCCCGGCGAAUCCUCAGGGUAUCUCCGUACCUCUCACUGCUGAGAGCUUCCAGCAACUGGUCACUACCACCCAGGACCCUUGGUUCAUCAAGUUCUACGCUCCCUGGUGCAGUCACUGCCAGGCCCUGGCCCCCAACUGGCAGCAGAUGGCCCGGGAAAUGCAGCACACGCUUAACAUUGGAGAAGUCAACUGCGAUGUUGAGUCGAGGCUCUGCAAGGAUGCUCACGUGACUGCUUUUCCCACGAUGUAUUUCUUCCGCGGAGGCGAAAGAGUCGAAUACAAUGGCCUCCGGGGCCUGGGUGAUCUCGUUGCCUACGCUAAGAAUGCAGUCGAUGUGGGCCUUGGCGUUCAGGAUGUGGAUGCGGAUACCUUUAAGGAGCUGGAAGAGAAGGAGGAAGUGAUUUUCUUGUACUUCUAUGACCACGCUACCACCUCGGAGGACUUCCAGGCUUUGGAGCGCCUGACCCUCAGUCUAGUUGGACACGGCCGUCUUGUUAAGACGAACAGCGCAGCCCUCGCUGAAAGGUUCAAGAUCUCAACCUGGCCGCGUCUCCUGGUUUCGCGCGACGGACGGCCGAGUUACUACACCCCGAUUGCCCCGAAAGAUAUGCGGGACUUCCGCCAGAUUCUGAACUGGAUGCGCACUGUGUGGCUACCGAUCGUUCCAGAGCUCACGGCAUCGAAUGCGCGAGAGAUCAUGGAUGGCAAAUAUGUGGUUCUCGGCAUUUUAAGCCGAGGACGGUCAGACGAGUUCUUGCAGUCCAAGAGGGAAUUGAAGAAUGCUGCUCUGGAAUGGAUGGACAAGCAAACCCAACUCUUCCAGCUGGAGCGUCAAGAGCUGCGUGAUGCCAAGCAGCUCCGCAUCGAGGAGGCUGAAGACCGCAAUGACCAGCGGGCGUUGCGGGCUGCCAAGAACAUGCGCAUCACCAUUCGCGAGGACGACAAGAAGCAAGUCGGCUUCGCUUGGGUCGAUGGCGACUUCUGGGAGCGCUGGCUGCGGACGACCUAUGGCAUUGAUGUGGCCAACGGUGAGCGCGUUGUCAUUAACGAUCAAGAUAACCGGCGUUAUUGGGAUACUUCUUCUAGCGGCGCUUCCAUCAUGGCAUCCCGUACCUCCAUCCUCGAAACCAUCCCUCUGGUGAUUGCCAAUCCCCCCAAGUUGACCCCGAAGUCGACGGUUGGCACGUUUGAGUCCAUCUUCUUCUUCACUCGCAGCUUCAUCUCCGAACACCCCAUCCUCUUUAUCCUCUUGCUCAUCACCGCGAUUGCCGCCACGAUUGCCGUCCGUGGCAAGUUCCUGAGACGGGGCGUCCGUGGUGGCAUUCUGGGGGUCACUGGCGGUAGCGGUGGCUUCUUCCACCUGGAUGGCAAGGAAGGCUUGUUGAACGGCGGUUCUACUGGCAAGGUAGAUUAA